GGCGUCGGUUGUUGAAGGAAUGCCAUUGAUUGGGUGAUCCGAGGCUUGGAGCAUCUCAAUCUUGACCUAGGGUCUCCGCGUAAUAUUUGAGUGCGAGCGGGCGCCGGCGGCAGCAGCGAUGAGCGGCGCCGGCGACCAGCGCGUGUUUCUGGUGGACGGCCAGGCCGUGUACCUGGAGGGAGGCGGCGACAUCUCGGAGGACGUACUGCAGCAGGCGCUGGCGCAGCUGGCUGGACGGGGCGCCACCGCCACCGAGGAGCAGCAGCAGGCGGGCACCGUGCUCGAGGUACAGGACGAUGGCGGCGCCGCUGCCGGCGGGGCCAGCGGUGACGCCGUGGAGCUGGCGGACGCAGAGGACGGCGAGGAGGGUGUACUGGCCGUGCUGCAGGACGAGACCGGCCAGCAGCAGACGGUCCGACUGACCCCCAGUCAGGCGGCCGCGCUCGGAAUAGACUACGACGAGCUGCUGGCCGCCGCCGGACAGGUGGAGCCGUCGACGGAGGAACAGGAGGAGUCUGCCGACGCCUCCGCUACUGAGCAGCAGCUCUCCACCGGCGGGGUGCUGGCCCUGGACGCCGGUAAAACCGAGGAGGGAGAUAGCAAG